UUGUGUGGUCACCGUUCAUUCUCAUAGCAUAAAUUUUCACAUAUUAGCAUUCGCCAAAAAGUUAAACCGAUUCUAAGUCUUUAUCUGCCUUUUUAUCGGUUUCCCCCCAAACUUUUCGCCGUCUACUAUUCUAUGAGCAGUUGGAUCACAGCUCUCUCUCUCCCUCGACAACUUCAGUUCUUCGACCUCCGGAACAGCCAGAUAUGUGUAUUAUUUUUCUUAAAUUUUAAAAUGGAGGCACCUUGUACGAAUUUUGGAAUUUUAUCGUACUUCAGUUAACGUGUUUUGGGUUUGUUCGAGAAGUGCUCCAUCGAUCUCAUAUCUUCGUUGUCAUAAAAAUAGAAAACUAUCUCGAGUUUUGGUGGUUCUCUGUGGGAGUUUUUUUAGCGGGUGGAUAAUUGAACUGAAUCUCGAGUUCUUUUUGGUGGGAGAGCGAGAGUGGUACUGUUCUCCGAGAUGGGUUUGCUUCGUUUUGUUUAGCUUCCCAAUGAAAAGCAGUGGAACUUGUGUGGGAUUUGUUGAUUAAAAAUUAGGGAAUUAUGAGUCGGUUUUGACUGGGUUCUUUUGUAAUGAAUAGAAAGCAGAAAAAGGGGUUCUUUGCUCAGGUUGUUUGGGAGCAUAGAGAGUCGCUUAAGGCUUAUUUUGAUUAAAGAUUUUUUUUUUUUUUUUUUUAAUUUGGUGGAUUGGAAUGUAAGGUUUGACUUCAAUUUUGUAAUUCCCAAUUGAAAAAUAUUCUCUCUCUCUCUUUUUUUAUUUUCAAAUCUUUUUUAAGUUCAUAAGCUCCGAAUUUGUUCAAUGGGUCUUUUUUCAGAGCCGAUUUGUACUUUGAUGGUGGAGAACCAAAUACAAGGAAAAGGGUUUUGUUGAUAAGGUUAUGGUUGUUUGAAAUUCCACAGUGGUUCUGUGCUGUGGAGGUGACUGUAGCUUACUAGCUUUUGCAGAUUGGGUUUUAGAAUUAAUGGUACGGAGACAACCCACAUAGACUGCGUGUUCCGAGUUUGUGGUGUGACUGAGAAACUGUAUUCUGGUAUACAUCAUGCCUCUCUCUGAAUUCCAUCAGAUGGCAAAAGGAAAGUUAGAAUCCUCCCAAUCAAAGAUGAAUAAUUGUUCGACCGAUCAGGCUUUUGUUCCGGAUCAUGAUUUCGUUGAGCUAGUAUGGGAAAAUGGUCAGAUUCUGAUGCAAGGUCAGUCCAGUAAAACGCGAAGGAGCCCCUCAAGCAACAAUCUUCCAUCUUAUAUUUCCAAGGUUCAAGAUAAAGAUGGAGGGGACGCCACUAAUCUAAAGAUUGGAAGGUCGAGAACUGAAGAGCACGUUUUGAAUGAUUUCACAUCGACCGUACCUUCGGGUAAUAUGGGAUUGGCUUCAGAGGAAGAGAUGGUCCCUUGGUUGAAUUAUUCCCUGGACGAUUCUCUGCAACAUGAUUAUUGCUCGGAGUUCUUUUCGGAGUUAACUGGAGUCAAUCUAAAUGCACUCUCCACUCAGAAUAAUAGCUUCCCAAUUGAUAAGAACAGUAGUUGCGGCCAGAUAAGUAGGGAUUUAAAUAUAGCUUCUGUAUAUUUUGACAAGAAUCCACAAGGGAAUGCAUCCAAGGGUGUCGGAGGAAAUCCUGAGCCUAUUAGACCCAGUAGCAACCAGUUACGUUCUUCGUCAUUGCAGCAGUGCCAGAUUUCACUUCCAUCUCUAAGACCUCGUGUUUCAGAUUUAAUUAACAGUAAUACCAACAAUGCCGACAAAGCCUCCUGUGGGAAUUCAAGUGACACCCCAACUUCAAAUGGUGGACUGCCUAACACAAAGAUGCAGAGGCAAGAUCCAGGACCCACAAGACCACCGCCACAGAAUAAUAUCAGUUCUGGUCUAAUGAACUUCUCCCAUUUCUCAAGGCCUGCAGCGUUUGUUAAGGCUAAUCUCCACAACCUUGGUGCUGUGGCCAGUCCAGGUUUAUCAAGUAUAGAUAACUUGAGAAGUAAUGGCAAGGCCUCUGCAGCCGGGAGUAGCAACCCUGUAGAAUCCACGCUGAUCGAUUCUACUAGUGGUUCAAGAAAUGCUACAAGCUUCCACAACCAACGGGCUUCUGUACCAGCUGAAGGUGAACCAAAACCAUCUAAGCCUCCCAAGGAACAAUUCUCUGCUGAGAAUUCGGAAGUUGUUUUCCGAGAAGAAGCCCAUAGGAGAAAAAGAUCCCCAGAUCGAGUUAUUGACCAUACCUCAAGUUUUGCAGCAAGUACUGCCGUAGGAAAACCAGAUGGUGAAAGAGCUGUGGAGCCUGCGGUUGCAUCUUCCUCCGUAUGCUCGGUCAACAGUGGUGGGGGAGCUUCAGAUGAUCCAAAAAAUACUUUGAAGAGGAAAUCCAGGGAUGGAGAUGAGUCUGAAUACCAGAGUGAAGUAAGUGAAAAUGAUUUGGAAGAAGAAUCAGUGGGUGUAAAGAAAUUGGCACCCUCUAGAGGAGGCACAAGCGCCAAGAGAAGCCGAGCUGCGGAAGUACACAACUUAUCUGAAAGGCGGCGAAGGGAUAGGAUCAACGAGAAGAUGCGAGCAUUACAAGAACUUAUACCUAACUGCAACAAGGUGGAUAAAGCUUCAAUGCUUGAUGAAGCCAUUGAAUAUCUGAAGACUCUUCAGCUUCAAGUGCAGAUUAUGUCAAUGGGGAGUGGGCUGUGCAUGCCUCCAAUGAUGUUGCCUCCUGGAAUGCAACACUUGCAUAUGCCACAUUUGGCACAUUUCUCACCCAUGGGUGUUGGAAUGGGGAUGGGUAUGGGCAUGGGUUUGGGAUUUGGGAUGGGAAUGGUUGAUAUGAGCAGUGGCUCCUCUGGUCGCCCAUUGAUUCAGGUCCCUUCCAUGCAUGGAAGGCAGUUCCCUUGUCCACCUAUUUCAGGACCUGCUAGUUUGCCUGGAAUGGCAGGGGCCAACCUACAGAUGUUCGGGCUCCCUAGUCAAGGUCUCCCCAUGUCAAUUCCUCGUGCACCCAUUAUUCCUCUGUCUGGAGGUUCUUCAACAAAAUCAAUUUCAUUGCCUGAUACCUCUGGAACUGUAACUCCAGUGAAGGUUCCAGAUUCAGCUCCUCCAUCAAGUUCAAAGGAACCAGAGCCAAACAUUAACCCACAGAUGAUGCACAAGACAACUGCUGAUUGCUCUCCGGACCAUAUAUCUACUCAGUGCCAGGCAACGAAAGAAAGUUUUGAAGAGUCUGCUUUCGCGCAAAGAAACAAACCAACUCAACAUACCAGUGUUGAUGGAGUUGUUGACUCUACCAAAACAAAUGGAACUAUCUAGCAGAACAACUUGUUAAUUAUUGUGCUCAAAGCUGGGAUUGGAGAAGAACCAGGUAGCAGCCCAUCUAUAACAGUUAUGCUGCUUAUUCAAUUUAUUUGUUUCAGGCCAGAGAGAGUUUUGUUCAAUCAUGGGAAAAUGGUUUUUGAGAUGCACGACAUGUAGUGGAAUCAUUAAAUGACAAUCUGCAUUCUAACAUCAGGGCAGUCCCCUGCUAACUGCACAUAAUUUUGUCAUUUGAAGAUACUAGAGGGAAUCUGCAUCUGUACAUUCACUCGAGACACCAGUGCGGUGAAAGUGAAUAUCCAAGAGUUAAACUUCUAAAAGAAUGUAUUCAGAGUGUUCAACACAGCUAUAAGCAUUUACUUUUAUCAAUGGAAAGGAUUUUCUGUUUUUACAUUUGUUUUACUAGUGGGGUCUCUCUUCUUUGUGCAAUCUCUCUAAGUCUGAAUCGCCCCCAAUUUGAGAUUUACAGACUGCACAAUUCUACUCCCCCGAACAUUGUUAAUGUAGUAGGCAGGAGCCACCAUUUCUAUAAAUUAAGCUGUCUUAAUACUGACUUUAUUGA